AUGAGCGGAGUUAGGGGGAUUGUAUUGAAUUCAUCAAUCCUUUUCGCAACUGAUGACGAUGAAAAUGAAGAUACCACCCUUCGACCGGGCGCUGAUUAUCUGCUUCAAAAGUUACGCUACUCCAAAAUCCUCACUGGUCUAUCUUACGGACAAGGUCUUUCAGCUCCUAAGGCUAAUCUUCUUCAAGAGUUAGCAAGAAUAUACUCAUAUGAUUGUUUUAUCUUGAGCUCGUCAUCAGAAGAUUAUGGUAUGAGUGAGGCCACACAACUUUGGGGUAAAGACGAAGGAAGUUUUAUGCAUGUAAUUUCCAGUUGCUCUGAUGAUCUCGUUCAUAAUAUGGUCAUUUCCGGCUGGUUGAUCGUUAUGCUUGGAUCUCAUUUGCAAAAUCCAACCAUUGACGCUAAAUACGUUGCUGCAAGAGAGACUUCAAGCAUUUUCUCAAUCAAUAAACUAGAAGAGCUGCCUAUAGUUAUCUGCCAUUUGAAUAAGAAGGCAAGGGGCAUAGAGAGCAUGACAGUGGGUUAUGUAAUGAAGCGUUCUCGAGAAGAAGAUUUUGCCAAGAGAGGUGCCUUCCCAUUGUGUCCAACAGAAAAUGGGUUGAUAUUUUUGCCCCUUAAUUAUGAACUGCCCAUAUCACUUCAGUUGCAACAAGUUGAUGCAAUUCUUCACAAAGCAACUGAUGAGAUUGUGGCUGUUGAAAUGGUCAGUUCUGAAGAAUUUGCUAACCAAAUUACUUUCACAAGAAAUAUGGAGCAGUUGCAAAGGUAUAUUGAAUGCCAGCCAGAUUGCUGUGUAAUCGAUCCAUUCAGUAACAUUCACACUGUAUUGGACCGUCUCAAAAUUCAGCAGAUUCUGCUUGGUUUGGAAAAUCUCAACAUAAAAGGCCACUGUAAAAUUAGGGGGCCCCAUUUUCUCAAGGUUGAUAGCUUUAAUGAGCUGGAUUUAGAAAAAAGGCUAGUUGAAGCCAUGCUGCCCCUUCCAAAUAUAGUGAAACCUCAAGUUGCUUGUGGUGUUGCUGAUGCUCACAGUAUGGCCAUUGUUUUCAAGGUGGAUGACUACAAGGACCUCGAUGUUCCUCUUCCAGCUGUUGUGCAGGAGUACGUGGAUCAUUCAUCUCUGCUAUAUAAAUUCUAUGCCUUGGGGGAGAAAAUAUUUUAUGCAGUUAAGAAGUCUACACCUAAUGCAGAUACCUUGACGAAGUUAUCUGAGGAAAAGGGACUCAAACCAUUACUCUUUGACAGCUUAAAAUCUCUACCUAUUGCUAAAGAAAACCCGCAACCUGGAUGUCAAGAGCACCUCAAUGCCAAUGAUCAGCAUAUUGAUUUAGGCCUUGUUUCUGAUGCUGCAGAUUGGCUUAGAAGGAUGCUUGGCCUUACAAUUUUUGGCUUUGAUGUUGUUAUUCAAGAAGGCACUGGUGACCAUGUGAUUGUGGAUGUGAAUUAUCUCCCUUCAUUCAAGGAAGUUCCCGAUGAUACUGCAAUACCUGCCUUUUGGGAAGCUCUAAAGGAGAAGAUUGAUUCAGAAAAGAGUAAACAACCUAGAAAAGCUUCUUGA